AUGCUGCGCAGCGUGUUCAUCUUGCUCUGCGGAGUGGCCUCCGCCAACCCGCUCAUCCCAAGAGACACCACCGAGUCUCCCACUCCCACUCCUACUUCUACUGUCACUUCCGAGACUUCUAAAUGCUCCUCGUCGACCAGCAGUCAGUGGCUGCACAUCUGCAACACGACCCUCUUCUGGCCCACCUCCACGGACUAUUUCUAUGGCCCAACCGACGGUCCGCAGGCGUCCGUUGUCUCCUGCAAUGCAGCCUGGAUAGAAUACGAUUCGCGCUCCCUCGAGCUCUAUUCACUGGGUCCGACCUCCACCGCCCUCUACUAUGAGCCGGGCAUCACCAGCGUGGGAGCGUGUGAAACAUCCACUUUCCCCGAAGGAUUGUAUGAUACCCAUACAGGUCCACUCACCACCCUCUGUGACGGAGUGCCGCGGGCUCUGGGCCCUCUUGAGACCGUCACAAGAUAUUAUCCCGGCACGGGGCCCUGCAGCACCCUCACCACAACGUACACCGGAACCACCAGUUUCUACUACGAGCCCGACAGUGUGCCCAGCUGCUCGCUCAACACCCAGGAGUGCAUCCCUAUCUGGCAGUCGUACUCAAGCCUCAGGAGCUCCUGGUACCAGACCAUGACAACCUCCAUCCCCGGCGACACAAACAGCCCGAUCCCCCCCUACGCCUGCCCCUCCACCAGCCGCAACUACACCGAAGCCGACCCCUGCACAAACUGCCACUACCUCCCCGGCACGGCCACCGUCUUCUACUGGCCCGUGUCGACCACCGCCGGCGACUUCUGUCUGCAGAACGGAAGCACCGUCCCCGCCACGCCCACCGGCGACGGACCCAACACCGCCGUCGUCGAUGGAAACACCUUCGUCUCGCCUACCAUCUACGUCUCCUUCACCUCGAUCUACGCCGCCAGCAAUCAACGCGCACACCCAGGCGGCUACUGCGGUGGGAACUACGUCGACGCCAUCAUCUCCGUCGACCCAGCCAGCGUCACCUCCUAUCGCGCCCACACCAACGCCAAGUACCCAAAAAUAGGCACCCCGUAUCCGUUCAACUUUGCCGACUUCCAGCCCCAGACCAUCGGGAACUACACCCAGACGGCCGUCCCGUGGGAGAAGUAUGUCGCUGGAAACCAGUGUCCGGUCACCGCUAGCUGCACGAUAAUCCGUGCCGAUUAUAGGCCGUGGAUGGAGAUCCCCGACGUGAUGACCCAGAUCGACCCGCGAUGGACCCAGUGCCAUCGCUCCUGGUAUAUUCCGCCGGUGAGUAUGGUGCCUUUGGGCACGGGGCAAGAGUCGCUCCCGACAGAUCGGGCGGACGCGAGCGUUGCUGUCGCUGCGUCGGCCGUGCCUGAGUCUGGGGCAGUGGCCCCGACUCCAGAGGCAACCGUGUGGUGA